CGUGGGUUUCCCUUGCCUUGUCAAUCUGGAAACUGUACCUUGUCUUUUCUGUCUACACAACUGAAUAAUAGAACACUCACAUCUUGGGUCAAUAUGGCGGAGAGGAAGGGAACAGCAAAGUUGGACUUUUUAAGAAAGAUUGAGCUAGAGAUCCAGGAUAAAUGGGAGAAGGAGAAAGCAUUUGAGAUUAAUGCACCGGCAACAGUUGGGGAAAGCACAAACAAAAACAAGUACUUUGUCACCUUUCCCUACCCUUACAUGAAUGGCCGCUUGCACCUUGGCCACACAUUCAGCUUGUCAAAGUGUGAGUUUGGUGUUGGUUACCAAUCUCUGAAAGGGAAGAAAUGCCUCUUCCCAUUCGGGCUUCACUGCACAGGAAUGCCAAUCAAAGCCUGUGCAGACAAGCUGAAGAGAGAGAUGGAGCUGUAUGGAAACCCUCCGCAAUUUCCAGACGAGGAUGAAGAAGAGAAGGAGAAGCCCGAGGCAUCGGAUGAAAUCAUCAUCAAGGAUAAAGCAAAGGGCAAAAAGAGUAAAGCUGCAGCCAAAACUGGAACCGCCACUUUCCAGUGGGACAUCAUGAAGUCUUUGGGCCUGAAUGACCAGGAGAUUGCUGAGUUUGCCAAUGCUGAACACUGGUUGCAGUAUUUCCCUCCUCUGGCCGUUAAAGAUCUCAAAAUGAUGGGAGUCAAGGUGGACUGGAGGCGUUCAUUCACCACCACAGAUGCGAACCCUUUUUACGACUCCUUCGUCAGGUGGCAGUUUGUCACACUGAAGGAGAGAAAAAAGAUUAAAUUUGGCAAAAGGUACACCAUCUACUCUCCCAAGGAUGGACAACCAUGCAUGGACCAUGACAGGCAGACAGGAGAGGGAGUCGGACCUCAGGAGUACACUCUCAUCAAGAUGAAGAUUGUGGAACCAUACACGGCAAAAUUCAAGUCCAAAGUCUUUUACAGCAGUGCAGUGAAAGGCAAAAACAUCUAUCUGGUUGCUGCCACUCUGAGACCAGAGACCAUGUUUGGUCAGACCAACUGCUGGGUGAGACCUGACAUGAAGUAUGUCGCCUUUGAGACAGCCAGCAGAGACAUCUUCAUCUGCACUGCGAGGUCUGCCAGGAACAUGUCUUUCCAGAGCUUCACAAAGGAGAAUGGAGUGGUGCCAGUGGUCAUGGAAAUACUGGGACAGGAUAUCCUUGGCUGUGCCCUGAGUGCUCCACUGACCUCCUAUAAGAUCAUCUAUGCUCUGCCCAUGCUUACCAUCAAGGAGGACAAAGGUACCGGGAUAGUUACCAGUGUACCAUCUGACGCUCCUGAUGACAUUGCUGCUCUCAGGGACCUCAAGAAAAAAGAAGCCCUUCGAGAGAAGUAUGGAAUUGAGGACAAGAUGGUGUUACCUUUUGAGCCGGUCCCUAUCAUUGAGAUCCCAGGCUACGGGAACCUGUCUGCUCCUCUUGUGUGUGAUGAGCUGAAGAUCCAGAGCCAGAAUGACAAGGAGAAACUGGUUGAGGCCAAGGAGAAAGUCUACCUGAAGGGAUUUUAUGAAGGGAUCAUGCUGGUAGAUGGCUACAAGGGGCAGAAGGUCCAGGAUGUCAAGAAGCCCAUCCAGAAAAUGAUGGUAGAGAAGGGCGAUGCCAUGAUCUACAUGGAGCCAGAAAAACAGGUCAUGUCACGUUCAUGUGACGAGUGUGUUGUGGCUCACUGUGACCAGUGGUAUUUGGACUAUGGGAAUGCUGAGUGGAAGCAGCAGGCCAAUGAAGUCCUCAAGACUUUGGAGACAUUUUGUGAUGAGACCAGGAGAAACUUUGAGGCUACCCUGGCCUGGCUGCAGGAGCAUGCCUGCUCUCGUACUUACGGGCUAGGAACGCGGCUGCCUUGGGAUGAGCAAUGGCUGAUUGAGUCACUAUCAGAUUCUACCAUCUACAUGGCUUACUACACUGUAGCCCACCUCCUCCAAGGAGGUGUGCUGAAUGGACAGGGAGCCUCACCAUUGGCCAUCAAACCAGAACAGAUGACCAGAGAGGUGUGGGACUUCAUAUUCUUUAAGACAUCUCCUUUCCCCAAGACAAAUAUCCCUAAAGAACAUCUUCAGCGACUGAGAAGGGAGUUUGAGUACUGGUACCCUGUGGACGUCCGCGUGUCUGGCAAAGAUCUGGUGCCCAACCACCUGUCUUACUACCUGUACAACCAUGUGGCUAUGUGGCCUAAAGACAGUGGGAAGUGGCCACAGGCAGUGCGGGCCAAUGGACAUCUGCUCCUCAACUCUGAAAAGAUGUCCAAAUCAACUGGAAACUUCCUCACUCUCAGCCAAGCCAUUGAAAAGUUCUCAGCAGAUGGCAUGCGUCUGGCUCUAGCUGAUGCCGGCGAUACAGUGGAGGAUGCCAACUUUGUGGAGACCAUGGCUGACGCUGGCAUCUUGCGCCUCUACACCUGGGUGGAGUGGGUGAAGGAGAUGAUAGCCAACCAGAACAACCUCAGGACUGGACCUGCCGAUACCUUCAAUGAUCGGGUCUUUGCCAGUGAGAUAAAUGCAGGAAUCUUGAAGACAGAGCAGCACUAUGACAGGAUGAUGUACAAAGAGGCUCUGAAGAGUGGCUUCUUUGAAUUCCAGGCUGCAAAAGAUAAGUAUCGAGAGCUGGCCAUUGAAGGCAUGCACAGAGACCUCGUCUUCCAGUUCAUAGAGAGACAAACUCUGCUGCUGGCCCCCAUCUGCCCCCACAUCUGUGAAUACACCUGGGGUCUGCUUGGCAAGUCCGGUUCUGUGAUGAAGACAACGUGGCCUGUGGCGGGACCAGUUGAUGAGAUUCUGAUCCGUUCCUCUCAGUACCUGAUGGAGACUGCACACGACCUCCGACUACGACUCAAAGCAUACAUGCUUCCCCCCAAAAACAAGAAAGGUGACACAAAGAUUCCAGCCAAGCCUUCCCACUGCAACAUCUAUGUAGCAAAGAGCUACCCUCCAUGGCAGCACAGUGCCUUAUCCCUGCUUGGCAAACACUACAAGAGCAACAACAAGGUCCUUCCAGACAACAAAGUGAUUGCGAGUGAGUUGGGAGCGCUGCCUGAGCUGAAGAAAUACAUGAAGAGAGUCAUGCCUUUUGUGGCCAUGAUCAAGGAGAACCUUGAGAAGAACGGUCCCAGGGUUUUGGAUCUGGAGCUGGAGUUUGAUGAGCGUGCAGUUCUGAUGGAGAACCUGGUCUACUUAACCAAUUCUCUGGAAUUGGAGCAGAUAGAUGUCUUGUUUGCAUCCGAGGGCGAUGACAAAGUGAAGGAAGACUGUUGCCCAGGGAAACCAUUCAGCGUGUUCAGAUCAGAGCCUGGAGUGUGUGUGUCCCUGGUCAACCCUCAGCCAUCCAACGGCUUGUUUUCCACAAAGGUUGACAUCCGACAGGGGGACAACAGAGACAGUAUCAUCCGAAGGCUAGCUAAGGUCAACAGACUCAUCAAAGAUCUGUCCAGAGUGAAGUUGAUGAGGUACGAGGACCCCGUGCUGGGGCCCCGCCGGGUGCCCGUCCUGGGACAGGAAGAACAGGGUAAAGUGCCCAUCUCCAACAAAUCUGUGUUCAACGUCAAUCUGGAGGAGAGGAGGGUCACUCUGGCUGACAAUGGCCUCUCUGCAGAUAUCGGGGACACUCUGGUUUAUUUGGUCCAGUAGGGGAAUAUUCUCUCUUUCUCUCUCACACACACAGGCACAUGGGGGCACAUUCAGCAGUGAAUUAUUUGAUAAAGGUUCAAUCGAUCAUGAAAUGUUACAAUAAAAUGGGUCAUUUUGACUCAUAGCCAUAGAACACUUGACUCAGAAGUUUAUGUAGGUUUUUAUAAUUUAUGUUUCUAUACUUACACUGUUUGCUACUGCACAUGGUGUUAGAUCUGACAGAUAUACUAUUUGCUUUUCGCUGUUUAGCAUCUUUUCACUGCUGAAUGUGACCUCGGGGGAUAUCUGAAACUAAUGGGACCUGAAAAGUUUGCAUCUGUCUUCCUUUUAAAAAACAAACAAACAAAAAAAUCCACAUGCAGUUGCAGUACGUUUGGAUGUGGGUUUGGCUGGCACAAAACAGAUCGUAUAAAUACAACUCCAAGGAUAUUAGGUCUUUGGAACUUAAGUUAGGGGUACUUAAGUGUUAAUGGUG